AUGUAUGUCGCGGAUAUCUUCGUUUCCGAGAACAACUACUCCUUAGUAGGAGUAGGGUUCACCUUUACCGUCCUGGCUAUUGUUGUCGUGGUCCUGAGAAUUUUUACUCGGCUAUGGGUUGUCAAGAGUUUUGGCGUUGAUGACAGCUUCAUUGUACUCUCCGCGCUGGCGACAUUGGGCUUCUUGAUCGCCGUCAUCGACAACUGCAAGCGUCAUUUCGUACACAAUCUGCCAUCUCGCCGUAAACUAUCUAUUUCGAUCCAGUGCUUGCGUAUUUUUGAUAUACCGGUUGCUAGGCGCCUCUUUAUCAGCAUCAUCGCCUUCCUCUGCGUCUACGGGACGCUCUGUCUGCUACUAACAAUAAUGACUUGCUUGCCGGUUGAAAAGUACUGGAAUGAUUCGAUUCCAGGGAGGUGCCUCGAUAACCGAGCUAUGCGAUAUGCUUUUGCGGGCAUCAAUAUUGCCAAUGAUUUCGUUCUUUUGAUUGCACCCAUGCCGUUUCUCAAGAGUCUACAAAUGGCGAGAAAGCGCAAAUAUGCUCUGAUGGCAGUUUUUGCCGCUGGUGGCGUGGCUUGUGUUAUCGCCAUCAUCAGAUUGUAUUCGCUCUGGGCCUACAGUUCGGUUUCUGUUCGUGAACGGCCAGUGAACGGAAUCGAGAUUGCUAUUUGGUCUGGCCUAGAAUGCAACAUCGCCAUCAUCUGCGCAUGUGUGCCUUCGCUCAAUCCACUUCUUUCCAGGACAUUCCUUGGCUCUGGUAGCUCUUGGAGUGGAACGCCGCGACAGAUUAGUUGCGGUAAUUCUGCCCACAGUAGCCCGCACAAUUGGACCGACAUUUCGCACAGAUGCCCCGGCCACGAAAGCAAAGGCAUAAAAGCGCAGCCGUCCUUCGAGUUGGGGGCUAUAUCGGUUUGUGACGACAACGACAGCGCAAAGAACCUAGUGACUAGCAGCGUGGCUCCAAGGACCAGUGCAUAG